CCCAAUUUUUUUUUUUUUUUCUCUUGACCUUUGCUUUUUACCAUAGGAAGAUUGGACUCCCUAUCAGAAUAGCUCUCUAUUCAACACAACUUUGUGUUCUUUGUGCCUUUAAUGUUACAAUUUCUCUUGUUUAUACUUUUUUUCUGCUACAGCCCUACCCUAUAUUUUAAAAAAUCAUUUUGGUUGAAUGUCUUCAACAUGGAUCUUUUCUGUAAACCCUUUGGAGAAGAUGAAGUAAAAUGCAUAUGACUGUCAUUUCUAAAAUGCACAUGACUUUCUUCUCAGCCUUUUCUGUUUUCUAACUUUGUCAGAUGUUUCUCUCAUGUUUUUUGGAGGGGUAGGUUAUUUAAUGACAGGAGGUUGCUUAGCUCUUUUCCUUGUAGCACAGCAAGACUUAGUUGAGAGGCUUCUACAUGAUUAUCUUGAUUUCUAGGAUAGUUUUGUUCUCUGUAAGAAAGCUUAUUGGGUUGCAGAGGAAGUCAGUUCCUACAUGGCUAACUAGAAAUAGAGUCCUGGCCUAUGGAUUGAAAAAUAUGCCCAAUAUCUUAAUCAGAUGAAUUAGAGGAAAAAGGAUUGCAGGCAUGACUAGGCUCUCUUGGGAGGUAGUUUUACUUUCCUUCUCCCUCCUUCCCUCCCUGCCUCCCCCUUCCCCUCUGCUCAACACACAUGUCCUCUAGCAUUUAAAAAAAUAGUAAUAAUGGCAGCAGACACCAGGACUCCAGGAUGGCAUCAGUCGUACCAGUAAGGGAAAAGAAACUUAUGGAUGUCAAACUCGGGGAGCUGCCAAGCUGGAUAUUGAUGCGGGAUUUUACCCCUAAAGGCAUUGCUGGAGCAUUUCAGAGAGGUUACUACCGGUAUUACAACAAGUACGUCAAUGUGAAGAAAGGGGGUGUUGCUGGAGUUUCUGUAGUGCUGGCCGCUUAUGUGCUUUUCAGCUACUGCCUUUCCUAUAAGGAACUCAAACACGAGCAGCGACGUAAAUACCACUGAAGAGGGCCAGCAUGGAGGCCAUACACUGAGCCAGACCUUCAUCUCCUUGGUUUGGCACCCCUCCAAAGGAUCUUGUUGAGUACUUUCAUAUCCCAGUCGAGAAUUCACAUCCAAUAAAAGAUGA